CCCGUCAUGCUGUGCGGCACCAGGUGGGGCGGGCCGGUUGUUAGGUCUUCGUGAAGCGCUACGCUCACGCGAGUCUCUCUAGUCCUAGGUACUGAUACCAGGGCCACGUUCAUACUGGGCAAGUGCUCAACCAUUUAGUUACAUCCUCAGUUCUUUUAAUUUUGAAGAGCAGUGAGGCAUUUAAUUGCUCGGGCUGCCCUCGAACUUGUGAUCCUCCUGCCUCAACCUUCCAAGUACCUUGGGUUAAGCUCGAGCUACAGUCCCAGCCCCGCUGAGGAUGAGAAUGGAGCCUAGCCCCGGCCUCACAGAGCAGCGCGGUCCUGAGAAGGUGGCUGGGAGCACAGAGCAAGAGCCAGCACCGUGGCAAGCCUUCCCUGUGCUGUCUGAGCAGCAGUCUGGGGAUGUGGAGCUAGUGCUGGCCUACGCUGCACCCGUCCUUGACAAGCGCCAGACCUCCCGCCUCCUCCGAGAGGUGGCGGCUGCCCACCCGCUGCCUGCACAGCCUCAUCUCAAGCGAGUGCGGCCCCGCCCCGACACCCAUGGUGCCCCUGAGCUGGAGCUGCUGCUGUGCCUGGCUGGGCCGGCCCCAGGUCCACGCUCGCUGGCUGAGCUGCUUCCUGAGCCCUCUGUGGACCCCCAUGGCCUGGGGGCGCCCUUUCUGGUGCCUGUGCCUGCCCGGCCACCCCUCACCAGGGGCCAGUUCGAGGAGGCCCGGGUUCACUGGCCCACAUCCUUCCAUGAGGACAAGCAGGUGGCUGCAGGCUUCAGCCCAGACUCCAGGUCAGCCAAAGCGGAAAUGUCUGGGAAGGAGAACAACUUUCCGCCGCUGCCUAGGUUCAUCCCACUGAAGCCCUGCUUCUACCAAGACUUCUCUGAUGAGAUUCCCAUCGAGCACCAGAGACCAGGAGGUGACCCUCAGGCCUGGCCAGCAUCCUCAGUGGCCAUACCCUUCAGCACCUGGCUCAGCCUCUUCUCGCUCAGCCUCUUCUCCCUCACCCCACCAGUUUACUGUGUCACCCUUGGGGUCAACCUUGUCGCCUGCCUGGCCUGGUGGAUCGGCAGUGGUCAGGGAGCCAACUUUGGUCUGGCCUUCGUCUGGCUGCUGCUGUUCACCCCCUGCAGCUACGUGUGCUGGUUCCGACCUGCCUACAAGGCCUUCCGAGCUGACAGCUCCUUCAAUUUUAUGGCAUUCUUCUUCAUCUUCGGAGCCCAGUUUGUCCUGACUGUCAUCCAGGCUAUUGGCUUCCCGGGAUGGGGCGCAUGUGGCUGGCUGGCAGCCAUCGGGUUCUUUGGGACCAGUGUCGGCGCUGCCGUGGUCAUGCUGCUCCCCGCCAUCAUGUUUUCACUGUCAGCUGCCAUGAUGGCCGUCGUGAUCCUGAAGGUGCACAGGAUCUACCGUGGGGCUGGUGGAAGCUUCCAGAAGGCACAGACAGAGUGGAACACAGGUGCCUGGAGGGACCCGCCAUCGAGGGAAGCCCAGUUUAACAACUUCUCAGGGAACAGCCUCCCUGAGUAUCCCACUGUACCCAACUAUCCGGCCAGCGGCAGCCAGUGGCCUUAGAGGGGGCUGACCAGCCCUGCCACCUCCCCACCUGCCUGCCGUCACUGCCCCUCUGCUCCUGCUGCUCUGGUCCUGUGAGGCCUGAGCAUUUGUCCUGCCCUCCUUGGAGGCCCAGCCACUGCCAGAGCCCAAGUUCAUCUCAUCCUAGGGACUCAAGGCCCUAGCCCCUCAUCCUGCAGCCACCUGGUGUUCCCUAUGGGCAGCCACACCUUCACCUUCAGGUCACAGAGGGUGGCAGCAGGUUGGGUGUGCCGUCUCCAAAGAACUGAGGAUGCAGGGGUCAUAAUGCCAAGCUUUGCGUCAUGUCCUCAACCCACCUGUUGCCUGGGUUGGCAGAGGGGCUGAGCGUCCCCCAUCCCACAUAUAGCGAUGACUCCAUGGACGGGGUUGCAGGGACAGCAGAGGCGGGUCCACUGCCUCACCAGUGACCUGUGCUGCUCCCUGUCUGCCGGGCUUCCUUCCUGCACUCCUCCCCCUGGGACGGCGAUGUUGGGACCCUGUUGUCCUGCAUUUCCAUCUGUGGCAGACAGCCUUCCUCUCCUGGGACCAAGGUCCCCUCCACAAGAUCUCUGUCUGCAUCCUGAAAACUGGCCGAGCCCCUGGGCAGGUGCUUGUCCUGAUUCUUGAGAGCAGCUUGUCUCAGCCAUACAGAGGAGAAUGACCCAGAGGUCCCUGUCCUUAGAAGCCAGACGGAGAGAGCCUCCUCCUGGAUCUUUGGGUGCAGAGCCAUGAGGAUGUCCUUCCCCCCACCCGGAAGGGGACAGCCCUGUGCCUUAGAGAGGAAUAUCACAGCCAACACUACUUACUGUCUCUGCUCCUCUAGCCUUGUCCCUGUCAGAAGAGCCAGGCACAUCCUGCGGGGCAUCCGCAGCACCUUUAAUGAUAUUUGGGCCAAAAUCAACUUUUUUCCAUGACCUUUCCAUGCUGCUGGCCAGGCCUUCACAGGCCUUCCACACCCAGCUGCCCAUCCCUGGAGGUCACACUAACCAGCAUGGGAAACUUCAGGGGAGGUGGAGACCUGGGGUCACCGGGCCUAGGGUCCCUGCCAACACCUCAAGGUGGCAUCUCAGCCUGACUGUAGGGCACUGGGGCAGUGGAGCCCCUUGGGCCACCAGCAGCCCCCACCCGACCCCCACAUGUGCAUGGUCACAGUGCGGUGGGUUUUGUUAGCUGAAAAUGUUCUGGAAAUAAAUCCUUUCUGCAUUGGAGCAA